AAAUGUGCUUCUCUGAUGGAAUGCAAAUGUUGGGUUUCUCGUUAUUUCUUCCGGGAUGCAAACAUGCUGCUUGAUUUUACUCCAUUUAUCACUUGGAACCACUGUACAGUGCCGUGCAGAGAACUUUGAAGGGGCGGGUGGCCGAAGUUUAAAACGGGCACAUGUAGGGCAAGAUUAUUGAAGAGAUUCAUGAUCCAAAAAGUUUCAGAAAAUUAUUUAAAAUGAAAAUUACUUCCCUAAAUAUUUAUUUCUAGGGAUGUUCCAUCCACAUUUAUUUGAUCCCCGAUCCCAGUCUGUCUCUACCCAUGAUGGUCCCAAUAUCUGACCUGCAUCCAUUCAUUACAGCAUAACUGUUUCUGGUUGGUAAAAACUGAUGGUAGAGUGGAAAAGGUAGACUUUGAGCACUAAGGACUAAAAGGUCGGGUGUCCAAGCAAUCUCCCUCCCCAUCCCUCUGCACUUGCCUGCCAUUGUCCAAUGAGCAGCUGACUGAUCUUCUGUUCGUUAGAUUAUUUGGAGCCAAUGUGGACUUUCCUGAAUACAUGUAGCUGAACAAUAUUACUUUGGAAACAAAUGUAGGGCAAUCAUUCAGCGUUCCCUAAGGAAAUAGUUGUUUGAUUGCUAGUGUUAAAGGGAUAUUUAGCAACUUUUUCAUAUUUUAAAUAAUUUUCUUGAGCCAUUAUGUGCCUUUUCAGGGAAAAGCCACCCAGCCCCUAUCUCCCACUGUGGACAGAAUAUUCCACUUGCAACUUCCCAGUUGCCAGUCCGGUCUGUUGGGAAAAAUUGAGUUGACCUACCUGACGCUGCUGUCUGGCUUCAGCACAAUUCCUGCAUGUUUUAGUUCAUGAACCCAGCUGAUUUGUUUUGUUUAAUGUCGAUUCACUCUUACAGACACUUCGGAACACUAGGACGCUAAGGUGUAAUAAAAAGACAAACGCACAGCGAGAAGAUAGGUUUUAGUUUCACUUCCACAAACGGACACUAGGGGGUGCUAAAAGCUAGCAAACUGCCUAUUAUUAAUGCUAAAAUCUCAGCAAUAUCAACACAACACACUUAAAACAAUAAAUACCGUAAAUCCUCUAAUACAGGCCCGGGCCUGUAUUUCACUCAAGCUCAUCAAUCUCCAGGCCUUUAUUGGAAGGAGGGCCAGAAUUAGAGGCAGGCCUCAAUUUCUAUUUGAGCAAAAUGAACUAAUGGUUCGCUGGAGUUUUUGACAAUUAAAAUUGCGCCCACAUUUUCAAAGUUAAACACAUUUCUUUUAACAACGGUAGUUUCUGCUUCAGCCCUCUCCCCCCUCCCCCUGUGCAGCGGCCGCAAACUCACUGAUGCGCCUGCAGCCUCUCGGAGUUCCUGCUGCUCUAAACAUUAAAAUAAUUAUUUCAUUUUCUGUUCCUCACUUCUGAUUACCUUCAAUGGUGUCUGUUUGUUGCAACCACCAGGUACAAAAACUAACUUGUUUUUAUUUGACUAUUUUUCUGUCCUGCCUGUUUAUUAUCUUCCUGCAUCUCCUCUCAAUCCUAAAGAAAAACUGCUAUCUGGGUUCAUAUAUAUUCACCUCAUGAGUUACCUUUGAACUGCAGUUCUAAAAGAUCUACCGACCGCAAAAACAGCGGAGUGCUCGCCGGCCACAUCAGUGAUCGGUGCGUCACCAAGGACAAAACAGGUGAUGCGCCCCGAUCCACAGCAGCGAAACGCAUCAGGCACAAAUAAAAGAAUAAAAGACAGAAAACAUAAAAGGAAAUGAGCCGACAUGAACGAUUGCGUGUUGAAUUAGUUUUUGAGGUGGCGACACCUAAUUUGAUCAUGUUACUGUGGCCGUGCUCAGGACGCAGAUGUCUGGAGCACGUCAACAAUCAGAGCUUUGCAUGCGCAAGCUGGUUAAGGUUAGGAUGGGGGUGAGGGGAAGGUUAAAUUGCAAGAGGGUAAAGGUCACAAUUUGGUUAAAUGUCCGUUUUACAGCGGGUGUCAGUACCGACGCUCUGGCACAGCGCGUUGCUCCCCGACGCGCAGGAGCUCGUCACCUGCUGACAGCAGGCUGCUGUCUUUUCCGUGGACUGCAUCUUGCCGGUCAUUAUCACGUGACAGCGACUAGUCCAUGACAGGCAUAACAAGUCACUAUAGAGCGGUGAAGUCGACUAGUGACUAGUUCAUACAACCCCUACUGCUCCCCAGAGUGUUCUGCAGCAUAAUCAGCACGUUCUCUUUGAACUUGAUAUCAAAUUUUCGCCUCUUCUUCGUCUCCGCACGGUUAAAGUUACCCUCGCGGUCUAUCACUGGCAAAUCAAAAGUGAGACGGAUGACACAGCCGCCCCCUGUACUUGCUUGUUACCACAUUCCACCCGGCCACAAUAAAAAAACGGCCAUUAUUCACCUCCACCGACUCCGACACUGGCCAAAAUAUGAUACCCGGCAGUUAAUUAAAUACAGGCUAAUAUUAGAGGAUUUACGGUAUCCACGUAAAUAACUUCCACAUGGAAAAUAGUAAGAUUGCUACAGAUUAUGCAAAACAAUUAUGAAAAGUUACUGUUGAGUUAGGUUGUAGUACCCUUCAUCCACCACAGGGAGGAAUCUGCAGCCACCACAGCAACCCAUUUCUUAUGCUGGUUCAACAAACCACACACAAAAAAAGGGAAUUUAGGAAGUUUUAUUGCACAAAGUAGAGAAAACAAAACAAGUAUACAUGUACCAUAACAAAUUCUUAUCAUCAACCAGACUGUUCUCUUGAUUACAAAAUUGUUCCAAAAAGCUCAUUGCCUGUUUCAUAAAUGUUUUGGAUUGUGCAGGGUGCCUUUUAAAGCACACAUAGAGAAAGCUAGAACUUCCUCUAAUCUUACUAAGCCACUGGAAAUGUUCUGCUGCCAUGCAAGAACUGAAUUAAAAGAAGUAAUAACUUUCAGUCAAUUUAAUCGAACCAAGGAAAUCAGAUGUGCAUGCUCUUCCUGCAGCGUGUUCCCCAGGUCCUUUGUUUGAAUUCAAGAUGUAGAAUGACCAAAAUGAAAGAAAUCAGUCAUGGAAAAUAACAUUUAAUCCAUAAAAAUGGCAUGUGAGCUUGAACAAAUUCAUCCUGUGGUGACCUUAUCCUGUAACAUGUUACUGACAUGAGUUGGCUCUGUUGUCUGUGCAUAAACAAAUACAUUCUAAGUAACAGUGGAGCAUAAAACACCCAAAUCCUGCUUGUAUAGACUUGCAAUGAACUCACCACAAACACGGGAAAAGUUUUAAUAAAAUAUACAACAAAUGAAGGUUAAAAAUUAGGUUGAAAAUUAAAGAAACCAAUACUCCCUCUAGUGGCUGGCUGCAGUAUAGGUUCCCACCGUUCCCUUGUAAACAAAUAAGACAUUUUUCUCUAACUAUAAACAUUCCACAAUUAAGGGUUAAAUACAGCUAAUUAAAGAAAUCUACCUGUUCAUGGGUGUUUUACCACAUCAAGAUAUUUUUUUAUUAAAAAAACAUUGUGAUAAAUUGAAAUGUUCAUACACUUCAUGGAAAAUGUCUUUUUAGAAUUAGCACACUAGCCUUUUAGUAAUUCUAUUGAGAUUUUCUGAAAUAGUUGAAUAUAAUGAUUACCAUACACCUCGCUUGAAUGAUGCAGAAGUGUUGUCUUUUGUUGAUUUACAUAGUUUUUGCAAUACUAAAGAACACAUCAGCAUUUAUUUUUGCUAGAUAGUUCUAAAUAAUAUAUAUCCAUCAGAUAAUAUUUGUUUAGCUUGCAGACCAACCAGGUUGACUGUAAAAUCCAAUGCUUCUAAUAUAGAUAUUAAAGGGCUUGACUUUUAGUAACAAAUACACCAAAAGUUGGCUUCAUCUGUAAAAUUGACAGAAAGGGACUUCGCUGUGUUUAAUAAUGCUGUGGCGGCCAUCUUGAACAGUGCAUAUUCAACAAUUACUCUCUGAGGGUGUUUCUCAAUGUCAAGGCGCCUGGCCUUGCAAGGCGAUGUCUUGUGAGGCCAGGCUCCUUGCUUACAAGGACACUGUACUUCCUUGGUCAAAGAAAACGGUUAAAUGGGACAGACUUGCAUCACAUGACCGUGGCUUCCACGGCGGUCAUGUAACGUCACGUGACACGGGAGAUAAUGUUAUAUUUUAUAGGUAUUAGUUUCAAUAUAAAUGUAUAACGAGCCUUUUACUUUUAAAUUUUGUAUAUGUUUAUUAAAUAAAAAACAUAAGUGAGUUACUACCCGCUAGCCACCGAAGCUGCAACUACCAAGCAACUAACCAACAACAGAUAACUUCUUUGGAUCUAAAAAAACAUUUUUAAUUAGUUGGCUUACUUUUAAACUUGAAAAUUCCCCCCAAAGUAGCUGCCAGCUUCUGAUCCGACGUCCUUUUGAAAAUACAGCUGUGUAUUCUGGGUAAUUUUUGACCAAGGCCAGGCUACAAGACACCUCCCUUGUAUCCUCACUCAGCUAGCUAAAUGGCUAACAAAAGGAGAACACACGCCUCGGUAGAACAUGAACAAUGGAACACGUCUUGGCCGCUCCCGAUGACGUAUCUCCUAGGCAACCAAGGCAGGGCCAAGACAUCAGGGCAAGGUUUCUUGGCAUUGAGUAACACCCUGAGCGUUUUGAUGGUUCUGUUAUAACUUCAUUGGGCCAUAUGAAAAACAUUUUCACCCUCAAGACAAGUGUUUAAUGAAAAUUUGCUUCAUUAAAGUUCACAAUGGUAAGCUAAUAAAUGUCUCACCUCAUCACAACACAUUACCCUACUUUGCUAAUUAAUAGCAGAGACUGACAAACCUUUGAUCAAUUAGCACUAGGAUUAUGUGUUGAAUAAUGAUCUCGUACUGGGGCACCUAAUUUAAACAAAAUUUCAGCAAAAUUAACAGAGUUAAAGGUAUGGAAAAUCGCUUAAUCAAUACAUUUGCAGUGGUUUCUGGUAGGAAUGAAUGCCUUGCAAGGCGUAUUCGGGGCAAAAAUAGCCCCACAAGUGCUUGGAUCAGCACAGACAAGACUGCUGCAGCAGAGAGUGGCAUAACACGGCAGGAUUUGAAGUAAUUAUUUUCUGAUUUUUGGACAUCUUAGCUUAGAUAACAGCAACGCAACUCUACCUCUGACUUGCAACGUGGAUGUUUUAUUUCCACAAAUAACACAAGCCUGGAGGUGCUUUUCUGUGUAGUGGUGUUGCUAACGCUAACAUUUAGCUUCUACUGGCUGGGACGUUGCCUGCAGAUUCCUGAAAGUUAAAACAACAACAGCUUUUGCUGUUGCUAGUCAAGAUGGGUGAGUCCAAGAAUAUUAAGUAGCAUGACAUAGCUGUCAGGCUUUUCAAAUCCUAGAUUUUCACCGUCUAUUUUCUAUUAGAAGCUAAGCAGAUAGGUAUAGAAGACUGUGUAACCGAGCAUUCCAGAAAGAGACGGGAGAGGAUAUAGGACUGUGGUUGCUCAAGAAAAGGUUGAUAACCGUGAACUCUCAGGGUCGCUUUAUUUAACGGCACCAUUAACAACUCUGCUCCAACUUCUUUUUUUUCUCUUUCCAAACAUCACAUCCUGUCAGCAGCACCUUCAAAAUAAAAGUCCCACAAAAGUGGGUUACAGCUGUUUUCAUGUUCAGCCUGCAUGAUAAAGUCAAAGUGACUGAUUAGGAUCAGAAAAAAUAAUUUAAAAUAUGGCUUUUCAGAGUUCCACACCUUUAAAGCCGUUUUUGUCUUUGUUAAUGCUGUUAGUCGUAGCAGUGGCAGCCAUCUUGAACAGGGCUAUUUACUUGUAAUGUAGUAUUCAGUGAGAGUUUUGGUGGUUCUGUAAUACAUUUUGAGGGCCAUAGGAGGAAUAUUAUCAGAAAUAAUCAAAAAGGCAAGUGAUUUAAGAAAAUUAGCAUCAUUGAGUUUACUGGGUAUCGAGUGUCUGGCCUCGUCACAACACAUUAGCCUAAUUUGCUAACUAAUGACUUUGUGUGAUCAUUUUAGUCUUUCAUUAUAUAGUGAAAAAGACAAUCUUCUACAGGAACACCCAAUUUAAACCAAUGUUUUGCUAAAUGAACAGAGAUAAUGUUAUUAGCUGUGUCGGCCAUAUUGAAUGGAGCUAAUUGCAAAAGUUUUUGUUUUUAGCCUUUUGACAAAAUAUCACUUCUAUCUCAGUGUCUCUAUUCCUGGUAUUUUCUAGCUUUAAAAAGUCUAGAUAAGGCUGGGCGGAAUCGGUAGCUUUUCUGAGGCGUUGGUUUCUCCUCUAUCCGGUUAUUAUCUCCGCCCUCUGGGCAGAGGCUUCUUCCUUCACGGAGCUCCUUUUCCUCCUGUUUGUUUUUGUUAUUUUUCGCUCACCGGCGUUCAAUCAAAAUUAGGUGUGACGGAUAGACUUCAGCAAAUCGGCGCCGCGUCAAUCCAGCCCUCUGCUCAUGGUUUAUUCCUAUCUGGGGGAAUUAUGGACGCGUCGUUGUGCCAUGCUGGGUGAACUGCAGACGCUCCAAGACUCAAUCACCCACCCGAGCUUCAGAAACGAGGAGCACGGCAGAAUGGUAGUUUUAGAAGCUCCUUCACGUUCUUAAAUAUAUUUUGCAAGUGAUUUUUUUUUAUCUAUGUUGAGGCUUUUUUUCUGAGAACCAGGGUGAGAGACUGUUUUUCUUUGGCCCAGAGUUCUCCGCGAUCACCAUCUUUAUAGGUAAUAAUCAAUUCAAUUAGUCAGUGCGCACGGCUUUUAUGAUGUAGUUGCGGUUCGUUUUAGCCAAACAGGAGUUCCUUCCACCCCCUGGCAGAGACGCAGCGCCCAGACCGAACAAUUAAGAUGAUAAAAGCCGUCCCCGGUGGAGAUUUCAGUCGUUACCGAGCGAGCUGCUGCACCGGGAUACAUUGCGAGGAUUUGACCAGAGUUGGACGACAGGCAGCAGGAGGAGGAGAGAAGGAGGAGAGGAAAGAUGCUCAGCCGCCGCUGAUGGACCAGAUGCGGCUCCAGUGAUGGACUGAGCUGGCGUGUUUUCAUUUGUGGACACGUUUUGAAAAACGGGAACCUGCUCUGAUCUAAACCAGCUAAUAAGAAGAAUGUAAUAAUGAGUAAUACAGCGUUCACAGAUAGCAGCACUGGCCUUUUAUAUCAUCUCCUCACAAACUGAUUGCGUCUGUGCACAAAGACGCCUCUCCUUUCCUCUUGAAGUGCCCAGCAGACCCACAGGAUCCAGUCUGCACCCACAGAUGUAACUGAUCUGUCAACGAUUUCUCCAUUGGAUUGUCCUGUCUUUUUGGCUGCAUGGACACAUCUUCAAAGACGUGGCUGCCACAUCAGGGUCAGUUUGGCUUGGUUGGUCAAGCGGAGGUUUGCUGUGGCGGACCUGGAGUGUUAACACCAAACCAAUCACGCAGGGCAAGUUUUGCCUCUGUAAGACAGUCGAGUAUGGAGACUCCUCCCAAUACUACUCCUCAGUCUUUCAGGCAGCCGAGUUUCCUCAAUCGAAGGCUGAAGGGAUCCAUAAAGAGGGCAAAAAGUCAGCCCAAACUGGACCGGACCAGCAGCUUCAGACAGAUGAUUCUGCCCCGGUUUCGUAGUGCUGAUCAAGAGCGAACACGCUUGAUGCAAAGCUUCAAAGAAUCCCACUCCCACGAGUCCCUUCUCUCCCCCAGCAGCGCUGCUGAGGCUCUAGACCUAGUUUUGGAUGAAGAUGCCAUUAUCAAGCCUGUCCACUCCAGCAUUUUAGGACAAGAGUACUGCUUUGAGGUAACCACAAAUUCAGGGACCAAAUGUUUCGCCUGCCGUUCUGCUUCAGAACGAGACAAGUGGAUCGAAAAUCUGCAACGGGCUGUCAAACCGAACAAGAACUCCUCGUUCUGUUUCCAGGAUAACAGCAGACGGGUGGAGAACGUGCUCAAGUUGUGGAUCAUCGAGGCUCGAGAUCUUCCGGCUAAGAAACGCUACUAUUGUGAGCUGUGCCUGGAUGACAUGCUUUACGCUCGCACCACCAGCAAACCCCGCACCGACACAGUCUUCUGGGGGGAGCAUUUUGAGUUCAACAAUUUGCCAACCAUUCGUGGCCUUCGUUUGCACCUCUACAAGGAAACUGACAAGAAGAGACGCAAGGAGAAAAGCACAUACAUCGGGCUUGUCAGCAUCCCCAUCUCAAGCAUUACGGGCCGGCAGUUUGUCGAGCAGUGGUACCCGGUUAUCCAGUCCAGUGUUUUAGCCAAAAGCGGCGGCGUUGGAAGUACCAAAGUGCUCAACGCUUCACUGCGGAUCAAAUCUCGCUAUCAGACGAUGAAUAUUCUCCCAAUGGAGCUGUACAAGGAGUUUGCUGAGUACAUCACCAACAACUACCGAACACUGUGCGCAGUCCUGGAGCCGCUGCUCAGCGUGAAAAGUAAAGAGGAGGUGGCGUUUGCUCUGGUGCACAUCCUUCAAAGCACAGGGAAGACAAAGGAGUUCUUGUCUGACAUGGCGAUGUGUGAGGUGGAUCGGUUCAUGGACCGCGAGCACCUGAUCUUUCGGGAGAACACACUCGCUACCAAGGCUGUGGAAGAGUACCUCAAACUAAUAGGUCACAGAUACCUCAAAGAAGCUAUAGGUGAUUUUAUUCGAGCCUUAUACGAGUCAGAGGAGAACUGUGAGGUGGACCCCAUGCGUGUCCCGCCGUCAGUCCUCGCCGACCAUCAAGCCAACCUUCGUAUGUGCUGUGAGCUCCUACUGUGCAAGAUUAUCAACUCCCUCUGCAUAUUUCCCCGGGAGCUAAAGGAGGUUUUCGCCUCGUGGAGAGCCAGGUGCGCCGAGCGCGGACGAGAGGACCUCGCCGACAGCCUCAUCAGCUCCUCCUUGUUCCUGCGCUUUAUGUGCCCCGCCAUCAUGUCCCCGUCCCUGUUCAACCUAAUGCAGGAGUACCCCGUCGAGCGCACGUCACGCACGCUCACGCUCAUUGCCAAGGUGAUGCAGAACCUGGCCAGUUUCAGCAAAUUUGGACCUAAAGAAGAAUUCAUGUAUUUCAUGAACGAGUUCCUGGAGAUGGAGUGGGGCUCAAUGCAGCAGUUCCUUUAUGAGAUCUCCAACAUGGACACAGGAGGAAACGCCGGAGGCUUCGAAGGUUACAUCGACCUGGGCAGAGAGUUGUCUAUGCUCCACAGUUUACUGUGGGAGGUCAUGGGCCAGCUUAGCAAGGACGCCAUACUCAAACUCGGACCCCUGCCUCGGCUGCUGAAUGACAUCAGCGUCGCCUUGAGGAACCCACAGCUCCACAUGCCUACGAACCACCAGUCGGACAGGCCGAAGGACAGACUCUUCUCUCGGCCUUCUUUCAACCGUCUCACGUCCUCCGACUUCCAAAGCUUCAUGAUGCGUGAUCUAAACAGCUCCAUAGACAUCUCCCGCCUUCCGUCCCCCACCACCGGAGUCUCAGCCGUAGAAUCUCUGUCGUCCAAUUUGAGACGCCACGCCGAACGGGACCUCCGCUCCUCGAGGGAAGUGUUCUACGUCACUCGCCCGCCUCUGGCCCGAUCCAGCCCCGCAUACUGCACGAGCAGCUCUGACAUCACGGAGCCCGAUCCAAAGGUCCACAGUGUGAACAAAAGUGUUUCCAUGAUGGACCUUCAGGACUCUCGCAUGAACAGCAUUUCCAACUUGAACUCAGUGGGAGACAUGCUCGCCUCCUCUCAAGCUUCCAUCGCCGGCCUCGGCCACAGUUUUGGGAACUUGGGCGGUCCUCUGCGAAUGGGAGGCCACUUGCCGCCGAGCUCGUCCGGCUCUGGUUUGAGACUAAGUCAGAUGGGCCACGUAGGGGGGCCCACAGAAUCCCUCUCCCAGCAGCAACAGCAGGCGGCGGCAGCCAUGCACUUCCCCUUGUCUUUCCAGAACCCGCUAUUCCAUCUGGCUGCUCAGAACUCCCCAGCUCAGUCCCAGGCUCCUCCCCCUCUCCUCUUCACCCCUGAGCACGAGAAUGGCCACCCCGACUACCCGCCAGCCUUUGGCAACAGCGCUUUCUCCCGCAGCGAGGACUUGUCCGCCCUGCAGUCACAGAGCAGCCUGGUGCAGCCCAGCAUCGUCCACUCACACAGCUACAGCGAUGAUUUCACCCGGCAGAAUCAGAACAACGACUUCGCCUGGCACCAGCUGUCGCUGCAGGUGCAGGAGUCUCUCCAGCAGCAGCACCUGAUGGGGGUGACAUCCCAGACAGGCACAGGAACAGGAACACCUGCCUCUUUGGCCACACCCCCGACUACAGUUCAUCCAGUCCGCCAGACGUCCAUCGCCGCUCAGCACCUCAAGUCCCAGCGCUCCAUCAACAAUCCAGCCACUGCCACGCCUCCGAAGGUCCGCCCGCAGAGCAGGAACCUCCUCCUUAACUCGUCCGAUGCAAGCUUUAGUGGCAGCCAGCCAAAGUCACGGCAAAGCAAACAAACCACACCACAGCAACAGCAGCCACCGCCAUCGCAGCAGCAGCAGACGCCAUUGCAGACGCAGCAGGAUGCACAGACAGACAGUCCAGCUCCCGGGCUUCCGUUCCAGACAAACUCAGCUAAAGAUAACCAGGUUUCCUCCACAGCUGCGGAGGAGUCGACGGACACUCCCACAAAAAGCACCAAGAAGUCCCAGCAGUCUCAGCUGCAGCCGCCGCAGACACAUCUGCUCAAACCCGUUGCAAACAAACAGGGGAACAUGAAUGAACGGACUGUGGCCUGGGUGUCCAACAUGCCACACCUCUCUGCUGACAUCGAGAGCCUGCGGCCGGACCGCGAGGGUCAACUCAAAGAGUACUCCAAGAGUAUGGAUGAAUCACGACUAGACAGGGUAAGAGAAUACGAAGAAGAAAUUCAUUCUCUAAAAGAGCGGCUGAAGAUGUCCCACCGCAAACUAGAAGAGUACGAGCAGAGACUUCUGAGCCAGGAACAGCAGACAAGUAAGAUCCUGCAGCAGUACCAGAACCGCCUGGAGGACAGCGAGCGCCGCCUGAAGCAGCAGCAACUGGAGAAGGACUCUCAAAUCAAAGGCAUCAUAGGCAGACUCAUGGCUGUGGAAGAUGAGCUGAGAGGGGGUGCCAUUCCAGAUAUUAAGCCUCGAAUCCUCACAGACCAGUCUAUCAGCCAGGGCUAUGGUGUCCUCCCAGGAUCCUGACUGCCAGUUCCAAGGUGACCAGAGAUCAUGAUGGUCACUCGAGUGUAACAAUCCAAAUGCUCCCAGAGAGUCAAGACGAAGCUCUACAAAUGGACUAACGGAGGUGUCAUCUCACAACAUUAACCCAUUAAAACUAAAGGAAAUUUUUAAAAAGUUGCACAAAUUCAAACUUAGCCUGUACCAAAACUUGACAAUCAGCUUAGCAUGAAGACCAACGUGUGCAGCCAACCCCCUGCACAUGUUGGCUGAAACAUAAGCCAGUGCCACAACAAUGGCAAUACUGUUCCUACUGAGAUUCUCAAACUGCAGUAGGGAGAAAAAAGGGAGAGGAGGUGUGUAAAACAGUGGGAUGAUGAGGGAUUCUGGAUCGUCUCUAGUGGCUGCAGAUCUAAAACGAGGCUUUUACCAAGCACAAUACCCCUUCAUGGUGAUGCCUUUGACAAGCAACAAUUAUGUUGCUCAAUUAUUUGCCAUUAAAGAUUCUCAGAUCCAGAGUGUGUCCCACCGUCUGGUUCUGAGGAAGUCAUUUAGAAGUCGUAAAUAUGUUUUGGAUGGCAUCACCAUGUUUGCAUUCUUCAAGGAACAGCCAUCCAGUCGAGUUCUACAAUCAGCUGCUUUAAGUACAAUCUGACUCUACUUUCUAUUUCCUUUUGUCUUACGAAUGGGAAAACUUAAUAAAAUGAUGAGGUAUUUUAAAAAUAUUGACUAAUAAUGCUGAACAUAUCAAAUCAGUGAUACAAGGUGAUGCUGAAGCUGAAGUAGAAGUGACAACGGCGGAUAAACGAGACGGUAAAAACGAGAGAAGAAAAGACGAUGGUACAAUAAAUAGAAUUUUUACUCAUAAAAUGUAGAAAUUCCUUAAAAUGACAAUGUGUUGUUUUUACUUUUAAUCUCUGGAAAUAUAUGUUAAAAAUGUACUAAAUGAUGUUGGUGGCUUCGUAAAAUAUAACCACAAAAACUGGGUUUAAAAUACAUAGGAUCAGGUCUAAGUCUCUGUGUGGCACCAUAUUAGACGCAAUGUUUCCUUCUACGGGAGCCCAUGAGGACAAAACGCAUUUACUGAUUUGUAAAAAGCAUUCACAAAACUUUCGCCAGUCAUAAAUGUUGUUUUACGCAUUUACCUCCUCACUCGUUGCCAGUAAUGAAAAGGAGUCUGAUGUGCUUUGUCAUUUUGCCAGACGUUGAACUAUCUGACAAAGUACUCAUUCAAAAAUUGCACUCCCAGGUAUUUUUGACCCUGAUGGCCAUCCAUUGGUAAGGUCUUAAUCUAACACAAAAAUGCUGCUUGCUUGCAAUGAUUUAGGUAUGUGCUGCCCCCUAUCGCCAGUGAAAAUUCCCACAGUCCCUUUAAAGACUUAACAUUAAGCUUUUAUAAACGUAACCCCAACUAAUUAGUUUCAGCAACUGAAAAACCAAGGUGCUUUAACUCUGACUAGAAUGUCAUAGUCGUACAAAGCUAGUAGACAUUGUUCUAAUACAAAAUGGCCUGUAUUUACAUAGCACCCUCUAGAGUCCUACAACCCCCCAAGGCGCUUUGCAACACAACCUCUCAGAGGUGAAUAGAAAACACUGGUUAAUUUGUUUUCAUUUUUGAGUUGUAAAAAUAAACUAAAAUCUAUUUUACAACACCUACAUUUUAUUGGCUAAUAAGAGAAAUUGGACCUUCAGUUUUGGUGAACAUGUUUACUUUUAAGUAAGCCCCCUUCAGACAGGCCAUGAAGAACGGAAAUGUUCGGGACUCUGUCCGUAAGACCUUUGUGUCUGAAUACAAACAUCCGGAUAACGUUUUCCGUAAUUAAACCGGACGAAGCCCCUAGUAACAGGUCCGGACUUGUCACGGACAAGGUGGCUGCUUCAGACUGGUGAGGUCGAGUUCCGGACAGGGGAGAGGAGGAGGAGGAGGGGACAGAGGGACGCUGUGCGCACCUAGAUAGCCCGCUACUGUAGCAUGCGGAAAACCAUGGCAGCUCACCUCCUACGGAACCGCCUAAAUGCGUGACGGAGCGCUUCACACCGCUUCAGUGAUUCCUUUAACCAUUGAGCUUCAUCAUCCAGGUCUCUUAUGCAUCUUCGUGUGCGCAGAAUUAUGCUUACCAUCA